AUGGCUUCUCAGCAGGACCGCGCAAAUCUACUCGAGAGCAUCAAUUCCCUGAAGCCGAAUGCCUUCGAAAGUCUGAUCCCGCGUCGCAUCGCGCUACAAGAUACUCAUGGCAACAGAUUAUUCCCUUACGCCCAUCCUGCCGACAUUCUUCAGGCCUUCGCCGAUAUCCUCCUUAUUUGGGCUGACGAGAAGACAAAUCAAGACUUCAUGAACGCAUUUUUGACCGAGUACAGCAGAAGACGCGCAGACUCCAACGACCCACACAAAGACGUCAAGCACAUCAUCGCGCAAGAUAUUGAGCGCGCCAGUGUCUCCCUCGGACGAGAAGAGCCACUCAAGGAUCCGACUACCGCAUCAGCCUCAGACUCGAAUGUUGUCAACACAGCAAGGGCAGUGCAAUCUGCCGCGGCAUCGGGCAGUAGUGGAGAAGUAGAUGACAGUGGUGAGAGAAAUGGUGCGUCGAGCAAUGGAACUACAUCUUCCCCAGCUGCAGGCGCUGCAGGCGCUUCAGACGUGCUGAUCGGCCCCGAUUCUGCUGUUGAAGGCAUAGCGUCCACAAGCAACGCCGAAGUACCUCUACAUGAAGACUCGGAUGGAAGUGGUGGGAAUGCCGGGCAAGAGAACGAGGAAGACAUCAUCGACUAUGGCGAUCACUCGGAGCCGCUGAUUGACCCCAGUGACGAUACCGCUCGAAAUGGUGCUGAGCUCAAUGUCGCUGAUGUGGAGUCACAAGGGGCAGCUGGAAGGCAAGAACAGUACACAAGUCAGAUGUACAGCACCGAAGAUGCACAAAAGGAGGAGAUAUUCGACGAAGACAUGGCAGGCGAGCGGGACGGCGAAGAUCCUCUGCAAGAGAUACUCGCAACAAUCGCAAGCGUGAUACCAGGCGACCCAGAGCAGUUGUCGGACGCGGAUAUCCUCGUCGAUGGCAUGAACUUCGCGCAGAAGUGGCAUGGCAAACACAAUCCUAAGACCCUCCGUGGAGCGCUACGAGCUGCUGCGCGGACCCGACAGAAGACCUUGGGUGCAAAUGCCCCAAUUCCGGUCGACCUCGAUGGAUCUGACAUCAAAGUAGCCGACGAGCGUCUCAAAAUGAUCGCUCCGACUGUUGACCAGACGAGCUCCGUGGAUCAUGCAGUCUCGGAUGAUGCGGCGUCUGAAGUUGAUAUCACCAGCGCAGCCAAUGCAAACAUCGCUGAAGGCCCACAUGAGGGUGUGGCAGCAGUCUCCAAUGAUGCGGGCCAGGGACAUCACGAUCCUACUGACCCGGAUCCGAGCAGCGCCUGUAGCGCCUCCGGCGAGGCUGGCUCAGCGUCUAGUCAGCAGUCUGUGGACAGCCAUGCACCCUCAGACUCGCAUACCAAUGUCGAUAUGGCCGAAGCCUUGCAUAUCGGCGACAGCCAUGCGGAAAGCGACCAUGAUCAUAUCCCGGACAAUAUUCUCCAAGCCACACCACCACAGCCUGUACCAGCGCAGGCCGGUAAUAUCGCGGCCAUGGGCAGUGAGCACGAGAGACAGGGUAUCCAGGAAGCUGCAGGGCAUGGUCUUGGUGGUGCUUCUCAAAACCACCUUCCCUUCCCUGAAGAGGCUACACUGCCCAAUGUCACCAGCAACCAGCCAGGCAGUUAUGGCCUCAGCUACAUGGCUGAUGUUGCCUCCAACGGACUAGCAUCAUCAACAAGCGCCGCCCAAAGCGAUGGCAUAUCGUCGCGCGACCUAAAUGUACUUGUUGAACCCACGCCUUCUCAAGAGCUACGUGUCGAGAGUAUGGGGGCUACGGGUGCGGGAAGUGCGAGUGUGGAUGUACUCGACGAUAGCUCUGCGUCGAGUGAGGCUGCUGCCAAUCAUACUGCUGUCACCAUGGUUGAGAUCACCAUGUCGGCGUACUGUGUCAUUUCAAUGCCAACGGCCCGACCUCGAUCGAUGGGCUCAAAAAUGCGCAGGGUAAAGAAGCAAGUACGUCCAAGACGCCAGGCCAAAGUCGCCGCGCGACAACAAAUAUUCGAUUUGGGCCUGGCGUGGGUCCGGUUCAAAUAUGCGCUCGCAACUAUGGGACACUUCGCGACCCUCUACAAUCGUGGUCAAGGCAUUUACAAACCGAGCCUUGUGAUAGAAGGCUUCGAGGUGUCGUAUCAGCAUGACGACUACUACGGCGGUCUAGUUCCUUCGGACAUGAAGGCUCAUUUCAGGCUCAAUAAGUCGAAGUACCUGCUCGACGGCCUUACAGGACACCCAGAUGUCACAGCUCGCGCUCAGCAAGACGUCCUCAACGUCGAGAGCAAAUGGUGCUCGGUCUUUGAUGCUCUGACCAAUUACAGGAGAGCUUCAUUGCUUGCCGGCAGAAAGACUCGACUUCACACCAACUUCAGCUUCAUCGUGCACCAUGAUGAGACCGGCCUUGAACACUGGCAAUGGUGCUGGGUUAGUCCAGUCUCAGGCUCCCAGGUCAAGAACCAUCCGUGCUGGCAACUCCCUGCUCUUCGGCCAAACGCGCUUCCUGUCGUGCAUGUUGUGCCUGAGACCCUGGAUCCAGCUCAACCGACAGACUGGACCUACGCGGGUCAUCGAAACGUCCUGGGGUCUCAGAUCUUCUUCGACAAUCUCGACAUCGACAACGAGUACUACAGAAACACACACCUGGACCUUCACUGUCGAAGUCUCACCGACACCUUGAUCAAGCUGAGGAAGAUUCUGAACAAGAUACUUCGGGAGUACCACAAGGUUCAUCCAGGCAUUCCACGAAUCGCUGGCCUCGUGAUGAAGUCCAGAGGCAAGUUCGAGUCGCUCGGCUUUAGAGUACAGCCUGGCUUGAAGCCACUUGCCUGGCGACCAGGUAUGUUCUUGCCACGACGUCCGUUCUCAAACAUUCGUGUGUUGGAGACGAGACUCGACAACCGGUAUCAGCACCAUCUCACUGGGCUCACCAGUGGUCUGAAGUCUCAUGCAGCAAAGGCACGCAAGCUGGGUCACAGUGGGACAGGAUACAACGUCAUUCAGUUCGGCUACGAGAACAUUUCACAAGAUGGUGGUUUUCGAUCACGCCGUGUACCCACUAUUAGACAGUUGAAACUAUGCCGGCUGUAA